AUGAUACGUCACUUUGAGAACUUCAUCGAGGCCGCACCAUGCAUCAGCGAUGCUCUCGCUUCGCUCGAGAAACUUGAAGACUUCUUCCUGAUCGGUUGUUGCGAGCGUGUGCGAGAGAUGCUCCCUCGACUUCGCAGUAAGCCGCGCAGAGCCAUGCUCGUCUGCUUUCAGCCCCUCGUACUCCGUCUCUCCGCGCUCUCGGCUCUGCAGCACGCAUACAGACUCAUGUUAUCCAACAUCCCGAUCGACGAUAAUUCACCGCCUAGUGAGCUGCGAGUCCCUUGGGAGGCACUGAACCAGGUCCCCAAGCUGCGAGCCACGCUGCUAUUGGAGAUCGAUAUCGUGGUGCCGGCAUCAGCCUCGAUGGGUGCACCCUCCUCCUCGCCGUUGCGCACCGUCGACUACAUAAGGCUCAACGCGUCGCGGGUAAACAUCGACACGCCUGAAGCAGGUGUCGUGCGCGCCCUGCGGCCGCUGCAGUGCAUCCCGCCCGUCGUGCUCUCGCUGAAGGUCCGCGCAGACCUGAUGCUCGCUUUCUGGGAGCGCCCCGCUGCGCUUCUGCUCUUCAUACGAUAA